UCAAUCAGCCGCCAUGUUAGGAAGCCAAACCCCUCUUUCAUUCGGUUAAAGAAAAGACAGGAUAUACUUCCAGGAUAGUUUUUCCAAGUGCCGGUUGCUGCAGAGUGCUUGAAUCCAAAUCGCUUCAUCUGCACCAGCGGUAUCUGGGUUUGGUUUGUCUCCUGUCUUUCAUACGGGUUAUUUCGCUACUCUUCCACAAUGGCGACCGCAACUCCAACCGGCCAGAGAAGCACGUGCGGUAGCGGCACACCGCUGAGCCCAACCAGGAUAUCCAGACUGCAGGAGAAACAACAGCUCAGGGACCUCAACGACCGCCUGGCCGUUUACAUCGACAAAGUCCGCAGUUUGGAGUCUGAAAACGACGUACUCCACCUGCAAAUUAGCGAGAAGGAAGAAGUGAGGAGUCGGGAGGUGACCGGACUGAAAGCCCUGUAUGAGACGGAGCUAGCCGACGCCAGGAGGUGUUUGGAUGACUCCUCCAAGGAGCGGGCCUGGCUGCAGAUUGAGCUGGGAAAGAUCAAAUCCGAGCAUGAGCAGCUUCAACACAACUACAACAAGAAGGAUUCUGAGGCAUCUACAGCCCAGGCCAGGCUGAAGGACCUUGAAGCUCAGAUGAACUCUAAAGAGGCCAUGCUGGCUACAGCGCUGUCUGAGAAGAGAGGCCUGGAGGCCACUCUGGCUGACCUGCGAGAACAGCUACAGGAGCUUGAUACAGGUCUUGCUCAAGCCAAGAAGCACCUUGCUGAGGAGAUGCUCCUACGCGUCGACUUGGAAAACCGCUGCCAGAGUCUGACUGAGGAAAUGGACUUCCGUAAGAGCAUGCACCAGGAGGAAGUGAAGGAGGCCCGGCAGCGAUACGAGACCCGACUGGUGGAGGUCGACUCUGGACGGAAGGAGGAGUAUGAAUAUAAACUGACUGAGGCCCUGGCUGAAAUGAGGGCACAGACCGAGGAUCAAAUCAAGAUCUACAAAGAUAACAUGGAGAGCACCUACACGGCCAAACUGGAGGACCUGCAUCGGUUGUCUGAGAUGAAUGGAGCAUCAGCCAACAUGGCCCGAGAGGAGCUCAGAGAGUCCACCCUGAGGAUUGAGAGCCUCACUGCCCAGCUGGCAGGACUGCAGAAGGAGACCCGUAGUUGGCGUGAUCGCAUACUGGAGCUGGAGGCAACAUUGACUCAGGAGAAAGACACGAGCCGCAAGCUGCUGGCAGAAAAAGACCGCGAGGUGGCUGAGAUCCAGGCCAAGAUGCAGCAGCAGCUGAAUGAGUAUGAGCAGCUGCUGGAUGUUAAACUGGCUCUGGACAUGGAGAUCAAUGCCUACCGCAAACUUCUGGAGGGAGAAGAAGAAAGACUGAAGCUGUCUCCCAGCCCUUCAUCUCGCGUCACGGUUACUCGAGCCUCGUCCAGCACCCGCAGCGUGCGGACCACUCAGGGAAAGAGGAAGCGUGUUGAUGUGGAGGAACAGGAAGCCAGCAGCUCAGUGUCCAUCGCUCACUCUGCCUCGGCCACAGGACCCAUCUGCAUCGACGAGAUCGACACGGAUGGCAAGUUCAUCUGCCUCCACAACAGUGGAGAAGAGGACCAGGCCAUGGUGGGUUAUGAGAUCAUUAAAACCAUUGGAGCUGCCACAGCUACCUACAAGUUCACACCCAAAUAUGUCCUGAAGGCUGGCCAGAAAGUCACGGUUUGGGCAUCUGAUGCUGGUGUGAGCUCCAAACCUCCCACAGACCUGGUGUGGAAGAACCAGUCCUCCUGGGGUUCAGGGGAAGAUGUUCAUGUGGUGCUGAUCAACCCUCAGGGAGAGGAAGUGGCAAAGAGAACCACAACAUACAAGACAGCAGUAGAAGAGCAGGGUGAAGAAGAUGAUGACAGUGGAGUGGAGGCCACUGAGGAAGACCUCUUCCACCAGCAGGGAGAACCCCACACUGGCAAGAGAGGCUGCUCCAUCAUGUGAUCCUACUGCCCAACCAGCCACCAUCACCUCCUCCUCUGAGCCCAGCCAGUCUGCUGCCAACUGUAAUUCUAGAACUAUUUUUCUAUCUUUUGUAGUGUGUUUCAAUACAAUGUAUGAGUUUUAUUUUAUCUUUUUAUUUCUCAGAAAAAUGCAAAACAGCUUUUUGUAGAUGUAUUUUCAUCUAAAAACCAAAAUAACAUGGUUAUUGAACAAAAUUGUAUUUGUAGUUCCGAUUCCCUUUUUCUUUUAAAAACAUGCAACAAGUUGCUAAACUCCAGAAGGGGCUUUGUCUUCAAGAAAAAUUAGUUUUGCUGUGUCAUUUUUUUUUAAAGGAUUUUAAUCUUAUUUUAUAUUUUAUCUUAUUGUUGUUAUUAUUGAUAUUUAAAAAAAUGGAAAAAAUAAAUACUGAAAAGACAAGUACACUAAAAGCACCACAGGAACAUGUAAUAGAUUACCUCCUCCCAUCAAAAAGACAAAAUGUCUCCAUGUCUUCCAUGGCAUUCUUAGCCUGGGUCCAGACUUUUGAAUCUGCCCUCUCCCUCGAGUCGACUGAUUCUUUUGGUAUCAUGUCAUUUAGCCGUUUAACGGCUCAGAAAGCAAUCAAUCCAGUGAGCGACAUUAGCCAGUCAGCGCCACGGUUGGGGCUAACGCUGUUGUCGAGCAGUUGUCAAGCAUUAUCAACCUGUGCACCAGAACCAGUGAGGAGUAAUGACAACAAUAGCAGCCGCUGUAGACGAGAUAGGCGCUGUUCUUCACCCAACGUAGUAGUUUGAUUUUACUUUGUUCCACUCUUAAAACCUCGACAAAACCAGUUUGUUGGCGUGGCUGCGCAUCAGUGUCGACUUAAAAUGACGUUAGAAGUAGUAUCUUAAGUAAAAAAACUUUUAAGUAUCAUGAUUGAAUGAUUGUAUUCAUAAGGAAGUCCGAGGACAGUCGAUGUUUGUUAGCAGUGGAGUUACCUUAAAGCCCCUCGUGUAGGAUUUGCAGUGGUGGCUUUGACUCCUUGUGGUUGCAUGAAAAGAGAUCUGACCAGGGGUCAGCACACCAUGACGUCUCUUUUUUCUGUAGCUAAAACCUUGUGCCAUCAGAAUCAUUUUAAGAUGUUGUACUCGCGCUCUGGACACAGGGGCUGUAAUGUGACCUCCUGCAGCAAACAUCAGUUUUUUCUUCGCAGGCUUUGAAUAAGUUUUGCACCACUAAUAAGGAAGUGUUGAUUGUAUUCUUAACUUUUGAUAUUUGAAGUGUUUGAAGUACUUUUUGUGUUGGUGUUAUGCAUGCUAUGGCUGUAAUCUUCAUAGUUGAACGAUUAAAUGUUGUUUUCUUGUA